AGCAGGUAAGGGAAGAGAGAGAAGAAAAAACAAAGAAGAAGUGGAGAGAGAAAGAGGAAUUGGGAAGAAAAGAGUGAGAGAGAAAGAAAAGGAGAGUCGGCGCCCAUUGUCCCCGCCGACCAAUCAUAACGUCGUUUUCAACCUCAUCAUACCAUACCCACCUCUUUCUCCUUCUCUUCUACACUUCAUUCUUUCUUCUUUCUCUAACUAAUAACAAUCUUCAUUUGCUUUGGUAAAUCUUAAAACCCUAUCUCUCACUCCACCUCUUUCUCUUUCCCUCAGGUUCUUCCCAUUUAUAUUUUUUUCCAAAAUACGGAAGGCCUCCUUCUUCUUCUAGCUUAGUUUUCCUCUUCUUUUCUCUCUUUCCUAUUCAAUCUUCAUUCCUUUCGUUUCCCUGAAUUUCCUUUCCUUUUAUUUUAUUUCAAGAAAGGAUUUUUUCCAUCUUUUUUUUUUAAUUUCGAGAGAUAUGAAGGCCUUGGCCGAAGGAUCCUUGGUAGAGAGGUCUGACGACGGCGAAAAGGAGAAGAAGAAGAAGCGCCGAUCCAAUCGUCGAUCCAAGCAAAACACUUCCCCAUCUACAGCAUCUGAAGUGAAUGAGGCCCAGGGAAUGUUGCCAGAUUCAGGGAAAAUUGAACAACCUACUCAUGCAUCCACUUCCUUGGAGGGUUCAUUGAAGCAGGUCAAUGUGGGUUCUUCUAAUGAGCAAGGACUAUCCAAUGCAUCAAAUGUUGCUUUUACAUCAAUGCCCCCCAUGCAUAUCAAUGAGCAAGUGGAGUCUGUUGAUUUGCGAAUUGUGCCCGUGUAUGGUGGAGGAAUUGAUUCUAAAUCAUUUUCUGAGCCCGCUGGUUGCAGAGGGUCAUCGGGAAUUAAUAAAAACAAGGACACAGUUCCUUGUAGUCCAAUUCGCAUUUGUGGCCAGAAAUGCAUUUUUAGUCCACACUUGUCUUUAGAGGCUGUUGAGAAGGCAUUAGAGAAGGGCGAUGUUUUUAAAGCUCUCUUUCAUGUCAAUGCUCACAAUCGAGUUGAGGCCUACUGCAAAAUUGACGGAGUGCCAACUGAUGUUCUCAUUAGUGGGAUUCCAGCCCAGAAUAGAGCUGUGGAAGGUGAUAUUGUUGCAGUUAAGAUUGAUCCCUUGCCAUUAUGGACAAAAAUGAAAGGAGCAAAUGGGUCUUGUAACAACACUUCAACACCUGAAGGUAGCAACCUUUUUACAGAAGAUAAUGAUGUGGAUGGUAAAGGGAAACAUAAGGUAGAUGCUGAUCAUUGGUCUGGCCUUUGUGGAAGCUAUCCUGGUCAAAACAAGGAGGAUGCUGAUCAACAAUCCAUCUCCUAUAAAAAUGAUUCUUUGACUGGAAAAGGAAUUGUCUGCGAUGAUAAUACCUCCCAGGGUUCUACUAACCAUUUAGAUCUACUUGGAGGAGCCAACAAUGGCAGCAUUAAUGGACAUCACCAUGCUACUCCUGAUUCCUUAAAGAGCAAUUCUUGUAGUGGACAAGUUGAAGUAGUUAAUGCUGUGGAAAAGAUGUGUUUGUUGGUUAAUUCUGUCCCUUCAAAAAGACCAACUGGCAGGGUGGUCUCUAUUAUCGAGAGAUCUCCUCGUCGGGAGGGUAUUGUUGGUCAUCUUAAUGUGAAACAGUGGGCUUCUUAUAAGGAAAUAACCAAAAAGGACAUCAAGAAGAAUAAGAACUUGGUUUCUGAUAAUGAUUACAUCCAGCUAAUACCAACUGAUCCAAAGUUUCCUAUUAUGAUGCUUCUUGUUAGAAAGUUACCCGAGUGCAUUAUGAAAAGGUUGAAAAGUGGUGACAUGACAAUUGAAAUGGAUCUGGUAGCUGCACAAAUUGAUGAUUGGGUAGAAGAAAAUCCUUUUCCUGAGGCCCACAUCUUGCACGUUUUUGGAAGAGGUGGUGAAAUUCAGACCCAUUUAGAUGCAAUUUUGUUUCAGAAUGCAAUCUGUUUUUCUGAAUUUCCUCCAGAAGCUAUGUCCUGUCUUCCGUGUGUUCCUUGGGAGGUACCUCUGAAAGAAAUUCAAAGUAGAAAAGAUCUCAGAAAUUUGUGCUUAUUUACUAUUGAUCCUUCAACUGCCACUGAUCUGGAUGAUGCUCUGUCAAUUGAGAAGUUACCUAAUGGGAAUUAUAGAGUAGGAGUCCACAUUGCUGAUGUAUCAUAUUUUGUUUUACCUGGCAGAGCCUUAGAUAGUGAGGCUCAGUCUAGGUCAACAAGUGUAUAUAUGUUGCAAAGGAAGUUACCUAUGUUGCCUUCAUUAUUAUCUGAGAAUAUUGGGUCACUUAGUCCUGGAGUGGAUCGACUUGCUCUUUCUAUGCUCCUGGAUGUGAAUCAUGAGGGGGAUGUUGUAGACCGUUGGAUUGGUCGUUCUGUUAUACACUCAUGUUGUAAGCUUUCAUAUGACCAUGCCCAGGACAUCAUUGACAGGAAUUUUGAUUUUGAAGGUUUAAAGAAUACUAAAGAUGGCUAUCCCAGAGUGUAUGGCCAUUUUGAAUGGCCUGAUGUUAUUAUGUGUUUGAAGAGUCUGUAUGAAAUUUCAAAUGUCUUGAAAUGCAAGAGGUUUACUGAUGGGGCUCUACGGCUUGAGAACCCCAAAGUUGUUGUCUUGUUUGAUGAGAAUGGAGUUCCUUAUGAUAGUAAGCUUUCCGAAAGGAAAGAAUCAAAUUUUCUUGUAGAGGAAUAUAUGCUUUUGGCCAAUAGAGUUGCUGCUGAAGUCAUAUGUCGAGCUUAUCCUGAUGCGGCAUUGUUACGGAGGCAUCCUGAACCUAAUAUGCGAAAGAUGAGAGAAUUUAUGGCAUUUUGUCAGAAGCAUGGUUUAGAAUUGAACACGACUUCCUCUGGUCAAUUCCAUUGGUCAUUAGAGCAGAUCAGGGAAAAGCUCAAGGGUGAUCCUGUGCUUUACUAUAUACUUAUUUCUUAUGCUGCUAAACCAAUGCAGUUGGCUUCUUACUUCUGUAGUGGAGAUUUAAAGGAUAGUGAAAAUGAAUGGGGUCAUUAUGCUUUAGCUGUCCCAUUUUACACUCAUUUUACAUCACCUCUGCGUCGGUAUCCUGAUAUUAUUGUUCACCGGACAUUACUUGCUACCAUAGAGGCUGAGGAUUUGUAUAUGAAGCAUCAAAAGGCUUUGCAGGUUCAUAAGGAAAUGGAUGUUGCGAAAAGAUGUUUCACUGGUAUCAAUUUUGAUAGAAGUGCUGCAGAAUCCAUCAAGGGAAGGGAAGCACUAUCAGCUGCAGCUGUGAAGUAUAGUGUUCCAGGUGGUGAAAUACUUGCAAAUAUUGCUGCUCAUUGCAAUGAGAGAAAGCUAGCUAGUAGAAAUGUUAAGGAUGCCUGUGAUAAACUUUACAUAUGGUUUCUCCUGAAGAAAAAGGAGGUCUUAUUGUCAGAAGCUAGAGUUAUGGGACUUGGCCCAAGAUUCAUGUCAAUUUACAUUCAAAAGCUAGCUAUUGAGCGACGCAUAUAUUAUGAUGAUGUGGAAGGCUUGACUGCAGAAUGGCUUGAAACAACAUCCACGCUGGUGCUCAACAUGUCAACCACUAAUAGGUGUACAUUUAGGAGGGGCUGGUCUAACAAGUGGAGGGCGAUUGAAGAAGUUGCACUGCUUUCUUGUCCAUAUAACCUGAAAAUUACCACGGAUAAUUCUAACCAGAGUGAUGUAAUAAAAGUGGAUGCGGAGACUGAAAUUGACCCCUUAGUUUUUCCGCUCACAGUGCAUGUUCUUUCAACAAUUCCAGUGGCUCUUCAUGCUGUUGGUGGUGAUGAUGGGCCCCUUGAUAUUGGAGUAAGGCUCUACAUGAGCUCCUAUUUUGGGUGAGUUGGUAGUUUUAUGGUGGCAGAUUUUUAUGGGAUGAAAUGUGGAAUAGUGUAUAGUUCGACGUAGGUGGGAAAAUUGCAUUGUCUAAAUUUGCGAAUGUACUAUGAACUUGUUUAAAAAAACUGAGAUUGUGUAGGAGUGUAGAUAAAAGCAGGAGGUUCUGUUAUAGAUUUGGCCUCAUUGCCUGUUUCUAACAGAACCUUAUUGGAAUUGGCGCUUGUUUUUGUUGGCCCGCCCGUUCCAUCUACUUACUAUUUGCUCGUAUUUGGUUCUCUAUUUGCAACCCAAUAAUUUUUUAUUUUGGGUUUAUCAAACAUUUUUGUAUGUUACUUUCUGACUUUGGUCAACGUUGAAAUGGAAUAAUCUUGUGUUA